AGUGUAAGUUUAGCUCUCGUUACGAAACUUUCCAAAGACAACGAUGGAGUCCAACGAUGAAAAGAAAAAGUCCUGGAAAGAAAUGAGUUUUAAAGAGAAAUGUAAACAUAUAAGAAGAAAUAUCACAGUCGAACCUAUGCUGGCAUGUUAUAUCAUGCCAAGUGUAUUGGCUGGACUUGCUACACAAAACUUGAAUCUCGAGAAAGCUUGUCGUGUGAAUCUCGAAUACGGUGAAGUGAUUUGUGAUGCUUUAACUCAACGCAACACAGCUAAUUACACUGAAGAAGAACGAGAAGUUCAAACACUCGUAGCUGGUAUGCAAGGAUGGAAAACUGUGCUACAAAGUCUCAUGCCAUGUCUUUUGAUUCUUUUCUGGGGCAGUUGGAGUGAUCGUCACGGUAGAAGAAAACCUUGUAUGCUCAUUCCAAUUGUCGGUGAACUAAUGACAGCCAUUGGAUUAAUCUUUUGUACAUAUUUCGAAUCAUGGCCAAUGGAAGUUGCAGGCAUUACAGAAGCUUUAUUCCCUGGAUUGGCCGGUGGCUGGUUUACCAUGUUAAUGGGAGUAUUCAGUUACAUUGCCGAUAUAACGACAGAAGAAGAGAGAACACUUCGGAUAGGAAUCGUUAACCUCUGCUUUUCUCUAGGCGUUCCCAUUGGAAUGGCAUUCAGUGGUGUUUUAUUAAAACAAAUCGGAUUUUACGGAAUAUUCUCCAUUUCUGCGUCAUUUUAUAUUGUCGCGUUAAUUUAUGGAAUUUUCUACGUUGACGAACCGAAUUUAAAAAUUGAUGAGAAGCAGAAACUCAAAGCAGCUGAUAAAAGCUUACUUGCUGAUUUCUUUGACAAAGAACAUGUCGUUGAAACAUUCAGAGUUGCAUUCAAAAAAGGAGAGAAUCAAAGACGAUUGAGAGUGUCGAUGUUAUUGAUUGUUGUAAUGGUGGUUAUUGGACCCAUGCAUGGUGAAAUGUCUGUGAUAUAUUUAUUUACACGAUAUAAAUUCAAUUGGAGCGAAGUCGAAUUCAGUUUCUUCUCAACUUACGCAAUGUUAACGUCACUUGUUGGCACAUUAUUUUCUGUUGGCGUAUUUUCCCACCUUUUAAAAAUUGACGAUGCAAUAAUUGGAGUUUUAUCAUCGAUGUCAAAAAUUAUAUCAAGUUUUGUGUAUGCUUUUGCUGCAAACACCUGGCAAUUAUAUUUAGGUCCAAUUGCUGAAAUUUUAAAUGGAACUUCAUUUAUAGCAAUGCGUUCGAUUGCAUCAAAACUUGUUCAGAGUGAUGAGUUGGGAAAAGUUAAUUCACUUUUUGGCGUGGGCGAAGCUUUGAUGCCUUUGGUAUAUGCUCCAAUGUAUACUCAAGUUUAUAGAGCUACUAUUGACACAUUACCUGGUGCGUUCUUCCUUCUUGGCGGUGCUCUAACUGCACCAGCUGUUAUAAUCUUCUUAUGGAUGUAUAAAGUACAUAAAGGAGAUGAGAAACGAAAACAACUAAUGAACAGUGUAGAAAAUUUCAAUAGAGUUGAUGAUCCCGAAACACUGAACAAUAAAGACGAUGGAAGUGUCAUUGCAAAUCGUUUCGGGUCAACAAGAAGAAACAGUCAAAUAAAAUCGAGAAAUAGCGUCGGUAUUGUCAACACUGGAUUCAUUUCAGACGAAGAAAAAGUUAUUCAAGAAGCAGUUGAUAUUAUUGGCGAUCUUCCUGCAUUGCAUUUGGAACAUUGUAAACUGUGAUAUUUUUAUUUAAAAGCACAUUAAUAUUUAUAAAGCUUUUUAAAGCUUUUGACAUACAUAAAAAUAUGAUUCGUAAUAUUAGUAAUGUUAAGUUUUCUCCACUUUUGUUAUUAAACAAUAUUUAAAAAAAUACAAUAUUAAAUGUUUUGCACCUCGAUCAAGAAAUUUUACUUUUUUCUUUCUUCUUCUAGGUCGAUAAAAAUUAAAGUCAACGACAUGAAAUAAAAAAUUAUUUUAUUCUUCGUCUUCUUAUUGUUUCAUAUUAUCCAAUAUCCAAUCGAGAUAGUAACGCACAUUUGUGUAGAUUCCUUUGAAAUAUGAGAUCUUGUCGCUGACAUUCAAUUCCACCUGAUACAACACCAUAUAAAAUCAUCCUGGGUUUUCCGUUGACAAUCGCAAAACUCUGAAUGGGACCUCCCGAAUCACCUCGACAUGUGUCAGUUUUGUUAAAACCUCCCGCACAUAAAUAAGUGUCAUGAA